CGUAUGUUGUUUAUAUUCCGUUUCACCGACUGUCCUUCGAACACUGAAUCCGAAAAUGAGCGCUGUUCUGCGGGCUGCGUGCGUGCUCCUCCUCGGCCUCCUCUGGGCCUCCGUCUCCCCGUCCUCCUCCUGUCGGGUCCGGAUCCCGCCUCACGACCAGGUGGCCCGGGUCGCCCGCUUUAUCGCCCACACGUGCGACUGGGCUUCCAUGGCCACCAUCUCCACCCACAAGCCGGUGGUGGGCCAGCCGUUCUCCAACGCUUUCUCGGUGAGCGACGGGCCGGAGGGCUCCAGCACCGGGGUGCCCUACAUGUACCUGACCCGCAUGGAGAUCUCCGUGCAGGACCUGGAGGUGAACCCUGAGGCGUCUCUGUCCAUGUCUCUGGCUCAGACUGAUUACUGCAAACAGCAGGGCUUCGACCCUCAGAGUCCUCUCUGUGCCCACAUCAUCCUGUCUGGAUCUGUUGUCGAGGUGAACGGGACGGAGGCGGGGUUUGCUAAGAAAGCUCUGUUCAGCCGACACCCGGAGAUGAUCGACUGGCCGUCUGACCACAACUGGUUCUUCGCCAAGUUCAACAUCACACAGGUGUGGGUGUUGGAUUAUUUUGGCGGGGUGAAGACCGUCACUCCAGAGGAAUAUUUCCAGGCCAAACCGUACAGGAAGCACCACUGACGGUCAGAGCUGCUGGUCUCUGUAGUCCUAAAUGUUCCAUUUGUAGUUCUACAAGUUUCAGAUUUAACAAAGUAAAUUUUUAUCAAAUUAUUACUAUUAUUACUAUUAUUUACUUUAAAAUGACUGCAGGAGUUCAUAAAACAGAGAGGAAGAUGCCUAUUCUUAUAUAUAAUCUAUAAUCUCUAUAAUCCAGAUCACAGUAUUGGAAAAAAUCAAUCAGCAGUGCAGUGGUUCUUAUAGACUGAUUGAUCAGUUUAUUAUUUUUUAGUUGAUAUUAUAUUUUGAGAAGAAAAUAUUUUCCUACCUUCAACAAUAAUUCUGUGGUUUCUGCUGAUCAAAGUUAGAAAUGAUUAAUGUGUGAUUAUAUAUAUAUUUAUGUGUGCACAGUGUAGUUGUGUCGUACAGAAGAUGACAGUUGCAGUGUUGGAGUUUGGCCACUGGAUGGCGCCAUGGUGCAGAUAAUCAAACUCAAACAUUCAUAAUGUAAUUACAUAUUCUGUAGACAGACAUUAAAAACUGAACGACGCUGAUUCAAUUUUAACUUUCCUCUAUCGAACAAUUGAAGUUGAAAAUGAAAUGAAAUAAACGUACAUCUGCACCUUUUUACACUUUUACUGGAACAGGAAACACUUAUACUUAUAUAGUAAACUUAUUAUACAUAUUUCUCUUUUUCUUUGGUUUUGUGUCUCCAUUCAGCUCAACACACCAAACUCCAGUCGAUCAAAGAAAGAUUUAAGGAGUGUGAUUUGAUGAGCUUUGCACUGGAAACCUCCUGUUGUUCUUGUCUUUGCUGUGACAACAAACUGCACUUUAUAUCAGAAUCAGCAGAAUCAAAAUGAAUCUUUUAAACUAGGAAAAGUUUAAUUAUUAGAUCACAGUCACACUCAAACUUUACUGUCUCGUUAAGGCAGGAAAUUUGACUCAAAUAAACACGACACAUUGAAAAAGAGAUUUUUUAUUGGUGGGAACUGAUAAUAACUUCUACAUUGAAUGUAUUUAUUUAGGAUUAGGUUUAUUAAGUCUUCAUUAUACUUUCAGUUUUAGUCAGUGGUGGGGGUGGGGUCGUAAACUGGCGCUCGAAUGCCACUGUGAUACCAUAUCAAUAACUUUGUGUGACGCCUUAAACGUCUCGUUACACUCCAGUAACGAUUCUCCGCUCCUUCAUGCCGAAGAGGAACAUUUGCCUUUAAAAUAACUUGAAGACUUUGCUGUGAAAUUUUAUUUUUUUGAGACAGUAUUAAUGGAUGAUUUGUAUUAAUAAAGUUUUGUGUUACAAAAACAGA